AUGUGCAAAUUUCCUAUUCCCUCUAGCGAUCCUCCCAAAAAGGAGAUGCAGUACUUUCCUGAUAUGACCACAGCCCUGCCGUCCGAGUCUGGGGAGUUCCGUCGGGUCCUUUGGACCGGUCUAUAUUCUCAACUGGUUCUUAUGACCGUCCCAGUUGGUGGAGAUAUUGGCGAGGAGGUCCAUACUGUUGACCAAAUCCUAACGUUCACCUCUGGCAAAGGUCUGGCGCAAGUCGGCGGCAAGGAGCAGGAGGUGAAGGCUGGUGAUAUGGUUAUUGUUCCUGCCGGAACCAAGCAUCAGUUCUUGAACAAAGGCCCGACUCCAUUGAUUCUAUAUACGGUGUAUUCGCCGGCCGAGCACAAGCCCACUACGGUCCAUAAAACCAAAGAACAAGGUGACAAGGAAGAGGAAGAGGGUAUUGACGAGCCACCUGAAUGGAGCCAGAGGAGCAAAGAGCAGAAUGGGAAGGAAGGUUGGGUGAAAGGCGAAUGA